AUGUCAGGUUCACUGCCUUUCCUGAUGAGUGUACCAAAGACAGAAUAUGGAAGUGUUAUGCCUCGGAAGCCCACAACAGAUGAGCUAAUCCAAGUUUUAGAAGAUGUUAACCUUGGCUACUUAUUAUCUCAGUUUUGUGGUCUGGAUAAUACAUAUGAGUGGUCUAGUGUUCUUUCUCUUGGUGAGCAGCAACGACUUGCAUUUGCACGCCUGCUGCUUUCCAAGCCAUGCUUAGUUCUAUUGGAUGAGUCCACCAGUGCUUUAGAUGAAGCCAAUGAGGCUUAUUUGUAUCGGCAGAUUGAAGCUGCAGGGAUCACAUAUAUGAGCGUUGGCCAUCGGAGUUCCCUUUGUAGAUACCACAACCGGAUCUUACGAAUAUCUGCAAUAGAUCCUAACAACACGCGGUGCAAUUGGAACAUUGAGAUCAUCAAUCAAGACACCACCAUGUAUAACUUGUCAAAUCAGUAG